AUGGCUGAUUACAUUGUGCCUUUCUACGAGUCCCAAAUCGAAGUUACUGCCACCAAAAAAGCAACAAUUGUUGAUCAUUGGAUUCUACAAACUGUGCACACACGUCGUCGUAGACUCCACAAGCUCCUUAUCAGUCUGAAUAUCAAAUGGCUCCCGUGUUCUAAACCCGAGGACGAGGACGAGGACGAGCACUCAGUUGCUCUUCUUCAGCUCUCCAUUGGCGAUCGUUGCCUAAUAUUUCAACUCCUUCAUAGAGAUUUCAUUCCCCAGAGCCUCGUAGACUUUCUCAUUGAUCCUAAUAACACGUUUGUUGGUAUUGGAGUUGAGGGAGAUGUUGAGAAGUUGUUAUGCGAUCACGGGCUGUACGUGGCGAAUACUGUUGAUUUGAACAAACUGGCAUUGUUGACGUAUGGAGAAGAAAUCUAUGGAAAAAUGGAUUUGAAGCGAAUGGCGAAAGCAGUACUUGGGAAAGUUAUGGAGAAGCAAUUGAAUAAUACUUUGAGUAAGUGGGAUGAUGAGAAUUUGAGCUAUGAACAAGUUGAAUAUUGUGCUAUUGAUGCUUUUACGUCGUUUGAGAUAGGAAAAAAAUUGUUUAAUAUAAUGUCGGAUAGAGAUAGCCGUCGUGUUAAGUUUCAGUCAUGGCUGCUGCUAAAAGAGACAUUGAGGAGGUUCUAA